CGUCAACUUUUUUUACUUUUCACAAAGUGCACUGUCUGUAUUUGUACCAGACUUUGAAGGCAUGCACUCAUUCUUUUGUUUUGGCACAUGCGUAGCACCGUGACUUGGUGACACCGUCCGUUUUUCUUUCAAGUACAGUACGGUGUUCCGAGGUUGAUUCUACGCGGUGCCUAUACUAUCGCCUGUACAUUUACAUGUGCCCCGUAGCCCCCCACGUUCACGCUGAGCAGGACAACAAAUCGCAAGGUCUUGUCGCUCUGCCGCAACGAGCACUUGUGAACAUCGUAGAUCUACUCACCUCAGCUGAUGCCCCGGCCACACUGCGCUCACACCUCACCAGAUCAAAGGAGGUGCAUCAACGGGUAGUGUGUUUGCACUCAGUCUUGGACCUGCACUCUGCAGGCAGUUCCUCUAGGCUCUACCACCCUUGUCUCACACGCCAAUCGCUGGAUGCAGCGCAGGGCGGAUAGAGAAGAGCUCGACCGAUUGAGACGUCUCUGCUGGGAUACGCAGUCUUUGGUGUCACCUAACUACUUCUGCAGCUGCAGGAAGACACGCCGAGUGUAAUCUAGACGGUCCGGAAACUGCUGCCCUUUGCGAGCGGACACAAAAUUAAUAAUAAUUACAUCAGAUGUGAUUAGAUUCAGCGCAUAUUUGCCAAUGUGGCUAGCGGUGAGGUUCAGUCAGAGAUUUCUUGGAGAGCCAAACUCCCUGUGUAUUUCCUCUCCUGGAAUCUAGAUUUAUUGAGAUGAUCGCGCGUGAGUUGUGGAGAUGUUCGUCUUGCUGGAUUCUGCUCAUCAUGAGCAGUGUGUUGUGCCGUUCUGCUGUUGGAGCUUCGUGUGUAACGCGUCUGGAGAACGCCACGGCCAUUAGCCAAUGCGCAACGUUAUGUUCGGAUCAGCUGACUAACUCCAGCGCAACGACCAGUAUCACAUUGCUUGUGCAGCGUCAAAGACUAUCCGGUCAAUGCGCCGAGCACUGCAGACUAGCGUACACGCGGGGAAUGUGCCACUGCCGUGACGGAUGUCUCGACUCACUACCCUGCCUCACAGCAUGUGGACUAACAGGCUCCUAUAAUGGCAUCGCUAGCAAUGCGACCGCUCUCAAGAUGUGCGUGCGUACGAUGGUGCAGCCGGACCUCACGCUGCGGACAAACAUCUACUGGAUGCCGCUGGAGUCCGAUCUGCGUCUUAUGGGCAUGAUUACAAACAGCAGUGUUUAUUACCAUGCGCCUGAGCUGCAUAAGAGCGAGUCCGAGAAGGAAUACAGUAUAUCUGGGAUCGCGCUGUUUCAUUAUUAUAACAUCUCGUCCCCGCUGUCAUUCCCUCUGCUGAAGACCAUCAGGAACGGCAGCAGUGCGGGGCAGAGCGUGGCUCCGUACAACGUGGGCGUCCGUGUGGCGGACGUUACGUAUUACAUGCCAGGCGCUAAGCCAAUCGCGCAACAGCGACUUGACAAUAACAGAGUGGGUGGUCGUACCGGUGACUACGUUUUGUUCUCGACUCCAGAGUGUAAUCAGGUCAAAGAUCACUUCUCCAAGUGUGCGGAUCCGCAGUAUGCUGAUGUCUCGUCACCAACCCAAUACUACGAUCCCAUCAACGUGAGCGGUUUCAACGCCAAGUCAAACACAAUGGCCAACCCGGUGAGGGCUGCACAGCAAGAUGCUCCCGUCGAGCAGUCGUACCAGCUGGCGCUGGCGCUGCGUUGGACGUACCAGCUGUUUGAGCACGUGCCCCGCGAUAGUGCCGCCCCGGGUGUCAUUGCCCACGCGUACGACAGCUGCACGCCGCACUCCUGCUGGUGCUGGGAGAGCUGUGAUAUCCGACAUGUCGUGUCCGCCGUGCUUAUCAUCACAACACAACGGAACACGACUGUGCGCAGGACGCAAGACUUUGAAACAGUGGAAGAGAACCCGGAAUAUGUGCACUGUCCCCAUUUUGAGGCCGGCAAAGAUAUAUCGCUGAGCAUUGGGGCAGAUCGGCUGUAUGAUGGUGCUGGCCUGUCCAAGUACCCUGCCAAUGAAAACGUGACAAUACUGGUUACGGUCACCAUCCGAUCAUACUAUAAGGUGGAUGUGCACUUUGGCCCAUUGCGUAAUGCCUCUGUGUUUAACUACACGUUGGAGAAUGUGCUACUUACCUUGUCGGGUGGCGUGGAUGGUGCGAAUACUCCGACUCCACUUGCUUCACGGACGGUAUCGAGCAGCACGUCACCGUCGUUCUCAUCUACCAUAGGGGAGAAGGCAAGCAACGGCAGCAUGUUGGCAGUGACAAUCCCAGUGGCAUUGAUCAGCAGCGUACUGGUACUGCUUAUCCUCAUCGGCAUAUUCACUCGGGCAUGGAAGUAUCAGAAAUGGAGGCCGCAGUGUGUAGCGCGUAACAACACGUUGGAGAAACUGCAGAAGAUCCGUGUGACCAGCACGUUCCAGAACUCCACCAACAUGUCGUACCAGAGUGCUACACGCUGCAGUGCCAUGGCGCAGGACUGGCCGACAGUACCGCGCAGCAAUAUCAAUCUGGAAAUACAACUUGGUAGUGGUCAGUUUGGUGAGGUCUACAGGGCCACCGUACAUCAUCUGAAUAGCCGCGAGGCGUCAACACAAGUCGCCAUAAAGGUGUUGAAGGAGGGAUCUUCAGAGAAGGAUGAACAUGACUUUCUGCGUGAGGCCAGUCACCUGAAGAGUUUCCGCCACCCGAAUGUCAUUCGGCUGCUGGGUGUGUGUCUGGACGAGGAUCCGAAGAUGAUUUUACUGGAACUGAUGGACGGCGGUGACCUGCUGUCCUAUUUGCAAUCAAACAAGCCUGGAGCUGCGCGACCAGCCUGGGAUGAUGCAGAGUACAUAGACAUUGCACUGGAUAUCACGGCCGGUCUCAGAUACCUGGAAACGGAGAAAUACGUGCACAGGGACGUGGCAGCAAGAAACUGCCUGGUUUCGUUCAACCCCGAGAACAGCAGUCUCGCUGUCAAGCCAUCCAGCAGUGGGAGGAUUGUCAAAAUAGCAGAUUUUGGACUUGCCCGAGAUAUUGACCGGCGUGACUACUAUCGCAUCAUGGAUGACAAAGCAUUGGUACCGGUACGCUGGAUGGCACCGGAGUCUCUACAGGACAAGCUGUUCACAGGAAAGUCGGAUGUCUGGGCGUUUGGUAUACUGCUGUGGGAGAUAUUCACCUACGGGCAGACGCCGUACGGUGAACACACCAGUGUGUUUGACGUCUACAAGUUUGUGACAAUGGGUGGCGUCCUGGAUCAGCCGCAGUUCUGUCCAACAGCAAUGUACAAGCUUAUGAAGCAGACCUGGGGACGGCUGGCCAGGGAUCGGCCGACGUUCCGGCAGCUGCACGACCACCUGUCCACGUUUCAGAAGAGCCUGAACCGGCGGAAAACCCUACUGACGACGUUGGCGUCGUUCGCUAGCGUCAGUGGCAUCACCGAUGUGGAACGGUCUCAGCUGCCGCACAUCCCGUCGUCGCAGCGCGUCAAGGUGGCACCGCGCGCCAGCUCGGCGGAGGGCAGCGUCUUCGACAACGACAGCGAUCUGAGCGACAGCUGCUUCGACUACUCGCCGUACGCGUCCGACUUUGACAACGCGUUUGAGACGCCGACGGACUCGCCCACAGCCUCUCGCCGACUGACUCCGUCCGCUCACAGACCGAGUCCGCUACUCAACGGUGGUAAUACACUGGUUCCGCCGUCGCGUGGAGCAAGUCACUACCAGCAACAACGUCGGCGGCGGAAAUCACGCUCUCACUCGGCGAGCCGUGAGGACGUGACGGGAAAGGGCGCUGGCUCUCCGGCUGUGAAGUCCAUGGGGCUGGUUCCUGUGAAGGCUAACGGCACGGCAGCAUCAAGACGAGGUUACGGAUAUGUUGCACAGCGUGAUAUGGCAAACGCUUCGGCUGCCACCCAGGAACAGCCUGACGGACCGGCAAUUCUCGUCACGGAGUGCACCCCGCGGAAGCCGCUGUCACCGAUUGUCAGUGCAAGCUCGGCACCGGGGGACGAACCCAGCACUGACAGCACCGCAUUCACCGACGUCGACCGACCCCAACUUGAGCGCAUUCCAUCCGCAGAGUGUGUCGUGCUGCCAACGCGGGCUUCCCUGAGCGAAGGAAAUGUUUUCGACGACGAAAGCGAGCUCAGUGAUAGCUGCUUCGACUAUUCGCCGCAAACCUCUGACGUGGACAAUGCGUUUGAGUCAGCGGCAGAUUCCCCAACUGCAGCUCGUCGUUCGGCACCUGCCGAAUACAAACCGAGUCCUCUGCUCAACAGGAAUAACAAUCUAGUGCCCAACGGGGUGCAACAUCAGAAUCGCCGACAACGACGACGUUCCAGCUCAAACUCUGCUAGCCGUGAGGGUGCCGUGAGUAACGGCAAUGGCCCUCUGCCCGUCAAGUCCAUGAGAUCGUUUCCUUUGAAGGCGAACAGUUCGGGCUCGUCGGGACGAGGCUACGGUUACGUCAGCAAGGCCUCGUUCGCGAACGGGUAUGCACCGCAGGGCAGCGUGGCGCAGGAUUUGUCUGCUGCACGGCGAGAACACAGCGGUCCGCCGAUGCUCGUGAGCGAGUACUCGGCGCGCAAGCCACUGUCACCGAUUGUCAGCGCCAGCUCUGUGCCGGAUGAGUCAUGCACUGGUGUGCCCGCUGUGGGUAGGAGAACAAGUCGGGCCGAUUCCAGUGGCAGCUGUGUGAGAUCCAUCUGCACGGAAACUAGCUUGUAGCCGCGUCCGUCUCCGUAUCUAUACACGUGACUACGGUGGCACAAGAUGGCUGCUGCCUAGGCGGCUGCAAUGCCCUGCAUGGUGAAUAGCAGCAGCGUGUGACUUCCCUGUCGAGAUCCAGUCUGACCUCGUCCGGCCUGUAUAAACGGUACCUGUGUAUGCUGUGUUGUUGGUUGUAAUCUGAUAGGAGCUGAGUGUGACUUCCACGUCAACAAGGGAUCGUGUGUGACCUCGUACAGCCUGUAUAUAUAUAUAUAUAUAUAUAUAUAUACUGCACAACAGUACCUAGAUGUCACCCUGUGUUGUUGGCCGUAAUCGAAUGAAAGCUGUGUAUGACUACCCUGGUCGAGAUCCAGUCUGACGUUGUCUAGCUUGUACAAUAUGCUGUAGUACGGCAGUACGUACGUGUGCUGUGUUGUUGCCUGUAAUCUCUGUAAUCUCUGUAAUCUCUGUACAUAAAGACUGUGUGCUGUGUUGUUGCCUGUAAUCUCUGUACAUAAAGACUUCACGUAAAAUGUAAAACACUGUCUCUGCACUUACACUGCCGGAUAUCCGGUAGGUGGAGACCAUUUUCUUUUGUAACUAAAACCCAGCUCUGCUUUCUAUACGCCGCAUGUAGAGUUCCUGUAAUUUCAGCCUGCCUUAUUUUGAGAUGAUAGCGAGGACAAUUCCCUUGAUGCCGCCGCCGGACCAAUUCUUUGAAAACUUGAAAUCACGAUCACUAAACACACGGAUACAGCAUCAUGUCAUCAAUACCAUCACCUGAUACUUUUUUUGUUUUGUUUAAACCCAUCAUAAAAAUACAGUACAUGUAACAGGUCUAAGGACUAACACACAACAAGCAAUUCCAAGUUUAAGGUUACUACAGUAUUUCGUCAAAUGUAGCUGUGUCGCUCUGAUAACUUUCGCAUUUCCACUGUCAUCCGACCUCAAUUUCAUGUACUAAUACUAAUUAAUUCGCUCUUCCAUAUUUCGUGGCAUGCACCGAUGUGUUGUUCUACACAACUGACUUCAA